AACAUCUCUCUUAUACAUAUACAUAUACAUAUCAGCAUUUUUUGUUUAUGGAAUCUACUUUUUCAAGCUAUCAGUGCCAUAAAUUUAUAUAGUUAUGUCAACAAUUUGUCAUACAGAGAAAUAAACUUGAACCAGCUUUGUAGCCAACAUUUUUGUACAAAGAUUAAUCAAAGCAAUGGUGCUUUCAACUCUUCCUUCCUUGCUUCUACCAGUUCUUUUGUUCUUUCUGUUGCAGACACCUACCCUAUCCAUAAAAAAGUCAUUCAUAGUGUACUUAGGAGCACAUUCACAUGGCCCCGACCCCUCAUCCGUGGAUCUCGAUUCUGUGAGAAAAUUUCAUUAUGAUUUUCUGGGGUCUUUCUUGAGAAGCAAUAAGAGUGCCAAAGAUGUGAUCUUCUACUCCUACACUAGACAUAUUAAUGGUUUUGCUGCAAUUCUUGAAGAGGAAGAAGCUGCAGAUAUUGCAGAGCAUCCAAAUGUGAUAUCGGUUUUCUUAAACAAGGGAAGCAAACUGGAAACAACUAGAUCAUGGAAUUUUCUUGGAUUGGAGAGAAAUGGACUAAUUCCUUCACACUCCAUUUGGAUGAAGGCAAGGUUGGGAGAAGAUACAAUAAUUGCAAACAUAGAUACUGGUGUUUGGCCAGAAUCAAAAAGCUUUAGUGAUGAAGGGUUGGGACCCGUCCCUUCAAAGUGGCGUGGAAUUUGUCAACAUGAUACAAAGCGAGUUCGUUGUAACAGAAAGCUGAUUGGGACAAGGUACUUUAACAAUGGUCUUGCCAUGUAUGCUGGCCCUCUCAAUUCCUCCUUUUCCACAGCUCGUGACUACGAUGGCCAUGGAUCCCACACCCUUGCCACGGCUGCUGGCAACUUUGUUCCCGGAGUAAGUGUUUUUGGAAAUGGCAAUGGAACUGCCAAGGGUGGAUCGCCUCGAGCCCGCGUUGCUGCGUAUAAGGUAUGCUGGCCACCAUAUGAAGGUGUCCAGUGCUUUGAUGCAGACGUAUUAGCUGCCUUUGAUGCUGCAAUAAGUGAUGGAGUCGAUAUAAUCUCUGUGUCUCUUGGUGGAGGAACAGAAGAAUUUUUUAAGAAUUCAAUUUCAAUAGGGGCCUUCCAUGCAGUUAAGCAUGGCAUUGUUGUGGUUAGUGCAGCUGGCAAUACAGGACCAAAUCCAGGGACAGUGUUAAAUCUGUCGCCUUGGUUAUUAACAGUUGGUGCUGGCACGAUCGAUCGGGAGUUCACAAGUUAUGUCUCUCUUGGAAACAAGAAGCAUUUGAAGGGAGUUAGCCUUUCAGCUAAAGGCUUGCCAUCGGAAAAGUUCUACCCAUUGGUCAGUGCAGCAGAAGCGAAAAAUGCUAAUGCAUCCACUGCAGAAGCAAUAAUUUGCCAGGGUGGAACCCUUGAUCCUAGGAAGGUGAAAGGAAAAAUCUUGGUUUGCCUUCGAGAAUAUAACGAUAAUGCAAGAACUGAGAAGAGCUGGCAGGCUGAUAUGGCAGGUGCUGUAGGAAUGAUCUUGGUUAAUGAUGAGCAAAGUGGAAAUGAUGUUGUAGCCGAUCCUCAUGUGCUCCUUGUUUCACAUGUCAACUACACUGACGGCAAAUAUAUCUUCGAUUACAUUAAAUCUACCAAAACCCCUAUGGCUUACUUAACUCGAGUCAAGACUGAAUUGGGAUCAAAGCCAGCUCCAUUUGUGGCUACAUUUUCAUCUAGGGGGCCUAACCUCCUGGAACAGGGAAUCUUAAAGCCUGAUAUCAUUGCACCAGGGGUGAGCAUAAUUGCUGCUUAUACUGAAGCAGUAGGGCCAACUUCUCAAAUUUCCGAUACUCGCCGGGUUCCUUUUAAUGUGCAAACUGGCAGUUCAAUGUCAUGCCCUCAUGCAUCUGGAAUUGCAGGGCUUCUCAGGACACUCCACCCUGAUUGGAGUCCGGCAGCUAUUAAAUCUGCAAUCAUGACCACUGGUACACAACACCUAGUUUUUUUCAUUGACCAGUUAAAAAUGAAAUGCACUUCUGCCUUUCUAGCAUUACUUACUUUCCUUACACAUGCAGCUACAACACAGGAUGACAGCAUGGAACCAAUACUUGAUGACUCUUCUUCUUAUGUGAAGGCAACACCAUUUGCUUAUGGCUCAGGACACAUUCAACCAAACAAAGCAAUGGAUCCAGGACUAAUUUACAACCUAACAACGCUCGAUUACUUGAACUUCUUAUGCGCUCGCGGAUACAACGAAACCAUGAUCAAAUCAUUCUCCAACUCAACUUACAAGUGUUCCAAGUCAUUCAGCCUAGCAGACUUCAACUACCCUUCAAUUGCAGUUCCUAAUCUCGGGGAAGACUCAGUGACCAUAAACAGAAAAGUUACAAAUGUUGGUUCUCCCGGCACAUACAGAGUGCAUGUCAAGGAGCCAUCAGAAGUAGAAGUUUUGAUUAAACCUAGAAGAUUGAAAUUUAAGAGAAUUGGUGAAGUGAAGAAGUUCAAGGUUAUAUUGAAGGCUAAGGUUAAGGGUAAGCCUCAAGGGUAUGUAUUUGGAGAGUUGAUAUGGUCAGAUGGCAGUCACUAUGUAAAGAGCCCUCUUGCAGUGAAGCACUAUUAGAAUUUAGCCAUGUUUGCAUUCAACUUUAGAUUGAUUGUCAGCUUAAGUUCGCGCCGAUAAGCGAAUAAAAAGAUGAAACAAAUGUUCUUAAAUGGUUACUUUUCAUAUUUUGCUGCCAUAUGAAUAUGAUCAGCUCAAAGAAACUAUGUAACAAAGAUCUCCAUAGAUCAGAAAAUCAGCUGGAAAUUUAUAUGGUUGAUGAGAUCUUUGGCCUCAAAACAGAUCCUUAUAUGCGCACUCAACAAAUUAUACCAACCCUUACAAAGAAAAAACAAAUGGAAAAACUAAAAAACCAACUACACACCAUGGAAAACCUAAUCACCACACCACACACAACAAAAAUAUAUGAUGGGACACUAAAGAAGAGUAAAUCUAUAGAUGAACAGCUACCAAACAUAAUAAACAUAUCAUAUAUAAAUGUUGUAGUAGUAGAGGAGAGAAAUUGAGGAGAGGGAUGAAUAAGA